GCGGCGUAGUAAAAUGAAUGAGUCGCCGGAGCUCUGCGGGAGGCUUGAUUAGACCCAGCCGGAGCACCGAGGGAGAAGGAGCCGCUGUUGCGCUACGACGAGGCGUUUCUUCUGUCACUAGAAACACGCCACGACGCCCGUGAGCACAAUCUCGCCACUUUAACGUCUCCCGAACCCACGAUGGCCCGAGGUGAAGGCGCCGAGCCGUACGCGGCGACUCUGCUGACAGUCAAACCUAUCAGCUUAAAUAAAGAAAAGAGGAGAGCAGAGGUGCAGAGAAGCCGCCUGUCUGUGUGGAGUAAGAUCUGCUAUGCCAUCGGAGGAGCUCCCUACCAGAUCACAGGCAGCGCUCUGGGAUUCUUCCUCCAGAUCUACCUGCUGGACGUGGCUCAGCUGGAUCCCUUCUAUGCCUCCAUCAUCCUGUUCGUGGGCCGGGCCUGGGAUGCCGUCACGGACCCAACAGUGGGUUUCCUCGUGAGCAGGAGCAGAUGGACCAGAAUGGGCCGCAUGAUGCCCUGGAUCCUCUUCUCCACCCCGUUCGCAGUCCUCACGUACUUCCUCAUCUGGUACGUCCCUCCGUUCGAGCAGGGGAAGGUCGUCUGGUACCUCGUCUUCUACUGCCUCUUCCAGUCGAUGCAGACGUGUUUCCACGUGCCGUAUUCGGCCCUCACCAUGUUCAUCAGCAGCAAUCAGAAGGAGAGGGACUCGGCCACCGCCUAUCGGAUGAUGGUGGAGGUGAUGGGCACGGUGCUCGGCACAGCCAUCCAGGGCCAGAUCGUAGGCGGCAGCUCGGACUGCCCCGAGGACGCUCCCGAGAGCGGGAACGCGUCCAACGUCAGCGCCGGCGGUGUGUCGCUGGAGGAGACGAAACAAUCUUACCUGAUCGCAUCAGGCGUCAUCUGCAUCAUCUACGUGGCCUGCGCUGUCGUCUUGUUCUUCGGCGUGAAGGAGCGACGAGAUACGAGAAGGAAGAACUCUGAUCCCCUGAGCUUCCUCCAGGGCCUGAUGAUGGUGCUGAGGCACGGCCCCUACGCCAAACUGGUCAUCGGUUUCCUCUUCACGUCUCUGGCCUUCAUGCUGCUGGAGGGAAACUUUGCCCUGUUCAUUACCUACUCUCUCGGCCACAGGAAGCACUUUCACAACAUCCUCCUGGUCAUCAUGUUGUCUGGGACUCUAACGAUUCCAUUUUGGCAGUGGUUCUUGUCCAGGUUUGGGAAAAAGACUGCAGUAUAUGUCGGCAUUUCGUGGGCAGUGCCCUUCAUGAUCCUCAUUGUCUGCAUUGAGAGCCACCUGAUCAUCUCAUACUUGGUUGCCGUGGCAGCAGGUGGGAGCGUAGCAGCAGCGUUCCUCAUGCCCUGGUCAAUGCUUCCUGACGCAGUGGAUGACUUCAAAGUCAAGAACCCAGACGUACAUGGUCACGAAGCCCUGUUCUACUCCUUCUAUGUGUUCUUCAUCAAGUUUGCCUCUGGGAUAUCUCUGGGUAUCUCUACGCUCAGUUUGAAAUUUGCCGGUUACGUGACUGGGAGCUGCUCGCAACCCGCGACGGUCAGCUUGACCCUCAACGUGCUGGUCUCCCCCGUGCCCGUGUGUCUCAUUGCCGUGGGACUGCUGAUACUGAGGACCUACCCUAUUGAUGAAGACACGAGGCAAAACAACCAGGAGUUACUGCAGAAAAUCCUGGAUUCAGAAGCAGACUCCGAAUCGGAGACCUCCGCUCUGGGGAGCAGCGUGUAGCGAUCAAGGAUGAGCCGACCACCGCGGCUGCUUCAUCUGUUUGCACUGGCUGGGAGGAACUGCUCCCUGGAAUAACCCACGAUGGACCACAAACCACCAGCGCAAACACUAUCAUGUUAAGUUCACUCCAGUGGAGACUGCAGGUUUACGUCACCCCCUAGUGACCAGCCAGUGCCUCUGUUUUUGUAUGACUUGAUUCAAACGUUUCUAUUUUCUUUUUAUCUUCAGCUGUGUCCCAACUCAAUUAUUAUUGAGAACCAUGCACUAUAUACUCCUCAGUGCACUUCUCUCAACAUUUUUCUUUAGGUUCAGAUUUGUAUUUUACAGCUACAGCUCUAAUUCUUCUGACAUUGAACCAAUGUUUUUUUUUAUUUCUUUCCAACCAAACUUCUCCCCAAAGAUUUGGAAUGUUACAGCCCAAAGUUUACGGACUUGUCUAGUUUUACCCUUUGCUACAAGCCCUCCUUUAAAAACGGUGAGAACUGGGACACAGCUUUUGAUUUGUGGGAUUGUGGAAUGUGACUAUGUUCUGGUUUACAAACUUCAUCGUCCCUUUUUCGUAACCAAAGCCGUACGAAGCUGUCCUGCGAAUUUAGGGUUUUCUUUAAUUGUUAUUUUCUAUACAAUCAUAAAGGAAAAACUUGAAUCUUUCAGGAAAGUGAAAACAGUUGCUGCAAGAGAUUUUUUUUCGUGCUGCAAUAUUGAGGCUUUUCUGGCAUUAUGGCAAACUCCAGGAUGAGGUUGUUUCAUGUGUGUUCACUUCUGAAUGGAAGAAAACAGCUUUAUUUAACUAUAUUUAUUUAAACUAAGGGAUUGCGUGUGCAUGUGUUUUUUUUUUUUUUAAUGAAAGCACGUUUAAUUUAUUACCAUCUACUGUACAUCCUGUGUGAAGGACUUGACAUCCAUGCCUUUGCAGUAUUGUGAGACUCUGUAGACUGAGGAUUCAAACAGGAGGCAUUAAUCCCAGUUUUUGACUACAGCAUUGAACCGCCUAUUACACCCCUGUUUGUCACAAAGGUUACAAAGGUUUUGAAAAGACAACUGAAGUGCAAAGUCUUCAUUUUAAGGUCAAAAAUUGCACUAAAUUGAAUGAAUUCUCUUUGGUGUUUGUAUUCUGUAGUAUGUUUAAAUUGUAAAUAUGUUUUUCUAAGCAUUACACAAUUGUAAUGUAUUGUAAAUAUGUUAAAUAAAGAUGAUCAAAUAA